AUGGACACCUCCUCUCCACUCACUGACAUCUCAGAUACCACUAUCAAGUCUCAUGAUACCCCAGGUGACUCGAAUAUAUCGGACCAAAUCGUCAUAGCUUCUCUCAACGUUUAUGACAAACUACCACAACAUGGCAAACCCAUAAACCGAAGUAACGGUGUGGUGGAAUGGACCAUCCUCUCUUCCAUCUGUCUUGUGUUUCCUCCAACACAACUUGGCCCAAAUGGAAAUAGAAGAGUGCUGCCUGUAUCAAUAGGCACAGGUGUCAAAUGCUUAUCUUUUGAUAAACUACCCCCGGCGGGGGAUAUAAUCCAUGAUUCUCAUGCUGAGAUUCUGGCUAGAAGGGGGUUUAUGAGAUGGCUUGUAUUGGAAGCGGAGCGAUUGAGUGAGGGUGGGAUAUCGGAGGUUUUGGUAUGGAAUGAAGUUGACGGGAAGUUUGGAAUGAAAGAUGGGGUAGAGGUGUGGAUGUACGUUUCUGCUUUACCUUGUGGAGAUGCCUCAACACUUCACACAGCACUUCAUCAACCACCCGAAAUGGCAACCCUCAAAUCUCUCGCCCCUCUUCCCCCCAUGACAGGCACUUCGAGAGGUAGAAACGGUUAUACCUCCUUCGGAACCCUUCGUACAAAACCUGGAAGAGCUGAUUCCAUACCGACGAUCAGUAUGUCUUGUUCUGAUAAAAUGGCUUCUUGGUGUAUCUUGGGAUUACAAGGUGCUUUGCUUUCGUCUCUCUUCCAACCUGUAUAUAUCGAUCAUGUGGUUGUAGGGGGUACAGAACCUCCUCUCCAUCGGAACGGGGAUGAGGAAUGGGAGGGUAAAAUCAGAGCAGAGGUGGAGAGGGCUUUAUAUGGUCGUUUGGAAUGUAUAGCAAAUGAUCUCCGACCUCCCUACACUCUACGCCGACCGAAGAUACAUCUCACAGCCAUCAAAUUCCCUUCUGGCAAACCUUUUGCCAACGCUUCAACCACCCAGGCAGUCCCAAGUAGCAAUAGCAUCUCUUACAUCCUUGAUCUAGGUCAGGAAGUCUUGGUUAAUGGUUCAAGACAAGGAGCCAUCUGGCGAUCACCUGGAAAUAUACCUCUUGCUGAAAAAGUCAGAUCAAGAAUAUGUAAAUUGGAGUUUUAUAGGGCGUACCAAAAACUGAGGCUGAUAGACAGUCUGUCCACACAAGAAACGUAUCAUGCGUUCAAACAGUCUCAGAAGGAUUAUCAAGAUGCCAAGAAGAUAUUACGCGGAAUUCCAGAGAGGUUGGUAGGGAAGGACGGACCGUUCAAGAGAUGUGAAGGUAUUUUGGUUACUUCGGGAGGGACACCUUUCUCAGGAUGGUUAGUCAGUGGGGAAUCAUAUGAGGGUUUUCGUCUUGAUUAG